CACGAGGGAGGGGCAGUGGUUUCUUCGCGUGGCUGAGCCCUCGAUUGUAGAUAUCAAUAGCAACACACAGUGUAACAAAGGAGCUCGAAGGAGUUGAAAGGAUUGAGCACAUCCAAAGCAGCUCUGCCUUCUUCUGCAAAGCUGACACCAACAAGGGGCAGUCGAAACAACAAGCUUGAUGUUGAUUUAAUCUCGCAACAGGGCCGUGUUCUUUCCCCCGCAUCUCUCUCGCAUCCAACGCUCGUAUUUAUAGAGAGAAGGUUAACGGGCAUUUCAUCAUCCUCUCUCCGGAACUGUGAAGGUUGCUGACAGCUGCAACUUCCCCCUGCUUGCUUGCAAACCGAUUAUUGCCACGUGCAGGCACUGCGCUGGCCGCAUCAUCACCCAACAUUACUCUACACAAUGCCUCGACCUCGAUUAUCGCCGCAUCUGUCGCUGCACCGCUUCAAGAGCACUAGCUCGGUCAAGUCGGCAGCUGAUAGCCAGUCCAACAGCAGAGCCGUGAGCCCAAAGAGGAAGGAAGAGCAAGGGGAUCACAAAGGCUUCAAUCUGGUCUUGAGAGUCCAAGUGCUCGAGGGCCGCAAUCUCGCUCCCAAAGACAAGAAUGGCACAAGCGACCCCUACCUAGUUAUUACCCUGGGCGACGCUCGCGAGGCCACAUCAGUCAUCGACAAGACACUGAAUCCGAAAUGGAACCAGACCUUCGACCUACCCAUCUCUGGCAUCUCGAGUCUGUUACUCGAGGGUGUAUGCUGGGACAAGGACCGCUUUAGUAAAGACUACAUGGGCGAGUUUGAUGUUGCUCUCGAGGAUAUCUUUACGAAUGGCCAGACCGCUCAGGAGCCCAAAUGGUACAAGCUCGAAUCUAGAAAGUCGGGUCGCAAGAAGAGCAAUGCCUCUGGUGAGGUCCUCUUGAAGUUCUCCGUCUUCGAUCCCAUCAACCCCAGCGCCACCGCUCAGCAAACACUUCAGAAAUUCUAUGGCGUCGUUGCUCUCGAGGACCCGGCUGAAGGAGACGAAGACCUGGACGAGCUUGCAAGAGCAGGAGACUCGGUCGAUGAAGACGAGGAUGGUGACGAGGAUGAUUCUGGCAGCCCUGAACAGACAGAGAAGAGAAAGAAGAGACACAGACUUGCCCGCCUGAAGCGCAAGACCAAGUUGAAGGCUUACGAGUUCAACGGUAUGAGUGCCGUUGCUGGCGUUCUCUUUGUUGAGAUUCAAAAGGUUACAGACUUGCCUCCUGAACGCAACAUGACGCGUACCUCGUUUGACAUGGAUCCUUUCGUUGUCAGUUCGCUAGGCAAGAAGACAUACAGAACCCGUGUCGUCCGACACAACCUCAACCCUGUCUUUGAAGAGAAGCUCGUCUUCCAAGUCUUGCGACACGAAGUCAACUACUCACUCAACCUCACCGUCAUUGACAGAGACAAGCUCUCCGGCAACGACUUCGUUGGUGCCGCCACCUUUUCUCUGGAGAGAGCGAGAGCUGUGCAACCAGAAGCCGACCCUGAGACUGGUCUUUACAGAUGUACCGACCCUCCGGAGGCUGGAGUCGCACCUAACAGCGAGUAUAGGCGUUCGCGUUUCCGCUUGGCUUCGUCACGCUCGCAAUCAAGCCAGACACUUAGCAGGUCGUCUCGCAACGCCUCGGCCAAGGACCUCAACAGGCUUUCCAGAACCUCCUCUAACACAAGCAUGAACAACAGACCUCAACUAAGGAAGGAAGAUUCAGGUGACUCCCUCAACGCCAUCGACUCGAGAGAAAGUCUGCCGUCGCCAAUGACUAGCAGCCCUUACCUGAACGACGCUUCUGGCAUUCCUCAGGUAAACGUGGACAAUGAGACUGCCGAGGAUCCAGAUCUCAAGUACUACGCAAUUCCCUUACAGUUGAAGAACAAGGACAGAUGGGAAGAUAAACACAAUCCGAUCGUUCACAUCAGAGUCAAAUACUUGCCUUACCAGGCUCUUCGCCAGCAGUUUUGGCGAGCCAUGCUGAGGCAUUACGACGCCGAUGACACCGGCAACCUCGACAAGGUAGAGAUCACUACCAUGCUUGACACACUUGGAUCCACUUUGCAUGAGGACACCAUAAACUCCUGGUUCAAGCGCUUUGCCGCUGAAAACGAUGGAGAAGAGGUCUUGACUAUGGACCAGGCAGUAAUUUGUCUGGAAGAUCAGCUCAUGAAAUAUCAAAAGAAGGCUUCUCUCUCGGAUACCAUCCAAGGAAAGCUACAUAUAUCAUCAGCAUCAGCAACGAAUACCUCGAAGCUGACUUCGGCUGAUGGGUCUGAAUCAUCCGACAAUCUUGUACAGUCUGAAGACAGCUCAAGCAGCCAAGGGACACCUCUCAACAAUCACUCUCAGACCUCGGUGAUUCCGGCGCUCGAGGUCCAGGACCUGUCCGCUGAUGGAGAGGAAGGAGGUGCUCUGCCUGACGACGACCUUGCGGAUGAAGAUAGAGGCGAAGAGCAUGUGGUCGAAAUCAAGGAGUGUCCUAUCUGCCAUCAGCCUCGUCUGGACAAGAAGAACACCGAAGCCGACAUCAUUACUCACGUUGCUACUUGUGCUUCACAAGAUUGGCGUGCUGUCAAUAAUAUUGUCAUGGGCGGCUUCGUGACGAGCAGCCAGGCACAGAGAAAGUGGUACAGCAAGGUCAUCACCAAGAUUGGUUACGGUGGUUACAAGAUUGGAGCCAACAGUGCCAACAUUCUUGUUCAGGACCGUAUCACUGGACAAAUCAACGAGGAAAGGAUGAGUGUGUACGUGAGAUUGGGCAUCAGACUGCUUUACAAAGGUCUGAAGAGUAGAGAUAUGGAGAAGAAGAGAAUCCGCAAGCUUCUCCGAUCUCUGUCCUUCAAGCAGGGCCGCAAGUACGACGAUCCUGCUUCAGCAUCGCAAAUCCCUGGCUUCAUCAACUUCCAUCAGCUGGACAUGUCCGAGGUUCUCUUGCAAACGUCAGACUUCAAGAGCUUCAACGAGUUCUUCUAUCGCAAGCUGAAGCCUGACGCUAGACCCUGCUCGGCAGCAGACAGGCCGGAAAUUGUGGUAUCACCAGCGGACUGCCGAUCGGUCGUCUUCAACCAAAUUACAGAAGCCCAACGCAUCUGGGUCAAGGGACGAGAAUUCUCUGUGGAGCGACUCUUAGGCAACGCUUAUCCUGAAGAUGCCAAAAGAUAUGUCGGUGGUGCGAUGGGUAUUUUCCGUCUGGCACCUCAGGACUACCACCGUUUCCACAUUCCUGUGGAUGGUACAAUGCUUGAGCCUAAGCUCAUCGACGGCGAGUACUACACUGUCAACCCCAUGGCUAUCCGCAGUGCGCUUGACGUGUAUGGCGAGAACGUCAGAGUAGUAGUACCUAUCGACAGUCCCAAGCACGGACGUGUUAUGGUCAUUUGUGUUGGAGCCAUGAUGGUUGGCAGCACGGUCAUCACACGAAAGACAGGCGAACAGGUCAAACGCGCGGAGGAAUUGGGAUACUUCAAGUUUGGUGGCAGUACAUUGUUGCUGCUGUUCGAACCUGGUAAGAUGAUGUUUGAUGAUGACUUGGUCGACAACUCCAACGGAGCAUUGGAAACUUUGGUUCGUGUUGGUAUGUCAAUUGGACACAGUCCAGAUGAGGCACCGCAUAUGCCAGACAUGCGCAAGGAGAACCCCAGCAUGGCUGAGAAGCAAGACGCCAAACGCAGGAUCGAAGGCAGUUUUGCACCCAGUACGAGGGCUAUGCCUUCUGCUGCCAACAUGCAGUAGAAGGUUGAAGGGAGAAAGUAAAAGAGCAUUGUUCGUGUUGUAGAUAGUAAAGUGCUUGCAUGCAUACCUUGCGGGCAGAAAGGUAGCCGAUACCUAGAUCAAUAACUGACAACAUUUUGAACAUC